AUGUUCUCAGACGCAGCGUGUACCCAGUCACUAAAAAACUUCACUGGGCCAAAUGGCUAUCCGGACGGCAGCUGUACCUCUUUCAGCCAAUGGGCACCCAGCACCCACUUGAGUUUCCAAGUGCACGAUUUCGACCCGGGAUGCAAUGUGGCCAUCUACGGUAACGACAUCAACACCUUCAUCUGCUCGUCCAAGGUCGUUGAGAUUGCUGAAGUCGGCCGCUGCUACAAUGCAUCCUGGGUCUAUUACAGCAUCGACGGUUGCAUCACCCCAGGAGAAACGCCGUCUGCUGCGACCAGUAAUAAUCAAGGCUCGUCCACAGGUGCCAUAGUGGGGGGUGUGAUCGGUGGCGUCGUGGCUCUGGCAUCCGUGAUUGGGGCAUUCCUCUACUCGCGACGAUCACGGAAACUCCAAAGGGAAAUCCAAGCACACAAUGCGCAGCUGCGUCAGGAUUUGUACGAGUUGGCGUCCAAGCGUCAACCAGUUGAGCUAUUGGAGCGGCGUUCACCGGUGGAGAUGGAGGCCGACGUUGGAUUUGCACCUGUCGCAGGGAAGACUUCCAUGUUGCCAAGCGGGGAGGAAACUGAGGAAAUGGCUCCUCCGAAAAAGGACCAGGAGAGGAGAGACUGA